GAACAGUGAACAAGGCAGUACAUGUGAAUAGGCGGAGUUUAUAAACUUCACUCGAGAUUAGUGUCUAGUAGUCAGCAGCAGCACAAAGGUUCUCUGCGCUCUCCCCGGCGUUGUGACGAGACCAGACAGAAGCAACCGCAACAUCCCAGGCAGGGGAAGGCGAUAGUGUCUGAAAGUCAAUGGGGUACAAAAGCAGCGCUCGUUGGAGGUUAUUCGGUUUAUUUGUGAUCGUAGCUGCAUUUUUCCUUGUUGGAUUUAUCAUUGGAUGGUUUGCUAACCCGCCUGAAGAUGAACCAGAAAGAAGACUGUCUGAUAAUGACCGGAUGAAACUUCUUAAUGAAAUGAAAGCUGAGAAUAUCAGACAGUACCUAAGGAAUUUUACAAAGCUUCCACACCUGGCCGGUACUGAACAGAACUUGCGCCUGGCUAAGCAGAUUCAGAAAGAGUGGAAGGACUUUGGACUGGAUUCAGUGGACUUGGUCCACUAUGAUGUCCUGUUGUCCUAUCCCAAUGAAACCAACCCAAACUACAUCUCAAUCAUCAAUGAACAGGGAACCGAGAUUUUCAAAACCUCUUUGCUUGAGCCACCACCUGCCGGAUAUGAGAAUGUUUCAAAUGUCGUCCCCCCUUACAGCGCCUUCUCUGCAAAGGGUGAACCUGAGGGGGAUUUGGUGUAUGUAAACUAUGGCCGGACAGAGGACUUUUUCAAACUCGAACGCGAGAUGAACAUUAGCUGCACUGGGAAAAUUGUCAUUGCAAGAUAUGGAAAAAUCUUCAGAGGAAAUAAGGUGAAGAAUGCUAUCCUAGCUGGUGCAAAGGGGAUCAUCCUGUUUUCAGACCCGGUGGAUUACUGUGCCCCCGGUGUUGAAGUUUACCCCGAUGGUUGGAAUCUCCCUGGAGGCGGAGCUCAGCGGGGGAAUGUGUUGAACCUGAACGGGGCGGGGGAUCCUCUAACACCAGGCUAUCCAGCCAAGGAGUAUACCUACAGAUACAAAGCAGAUGAUGGGGCUGGUCUUCCUAAAAUCCCUGUGCAUCCCAUUGGCUACGAUGAUGCAAAACUUUUACUCAGUAACAUGGGAGGACAGGCACCUCCAGAAGGUUGGAAGGGAGGCCUUAACAUCCCCUACAACAUUGGCCCUGGUUUCAUUGAAACAUUCAACACAACAAAAGUGAAAAUGCACAUCUACACUAACAACAAGGUCACCAGAAUCUACAAUGUAAUUGGCAAAAUCCGAGGAGCCACAGAGCCAGACAGAUACGUGAUCCUGGGAGGUCACCGAGACUCGUGGGUGUUUGGUGGCAUCGAUCCAACUACGGGGGCGGCUGUCGUCCAUGAGGUUGUAAGAAGUGCUGGGAAAUACAUGAAAAAAGGCUGGAGACCCAGAAGGACUAUCAUAUUUGCUAGCUGGGAUGCUGAAGAAUUUGGACUGUUAGGCUCCACAGAGUGGGCUGAGGACAAUGCCAAAAUACUGCAAGAAAGAGCGGUUGCCUAUAUUAAUGCAGACUCCGCUAUUGAAGGUAAUUACACCCUGAGGGUUGACUGCACACCGUCUCUCAACACGGUGGUGUAUAACUUAACUAAAAAGAUUGACAGUCCUGAUGAGGGCUAUCAUGGUAAAUCUCUCUAUGAAAGCUGGCACCAAAAAGAUAAUUGGACUACGUAUCGGGAUGCACCCAGGAUCAGCAAGCUGGGAUCUGGCAGUGACUUUGAGGCAUACUUCCAAAGGCUUGGGAUUGCCUCUGGAAGAGCGAGAUACACUAAAAACAGGAAAACUGAAAAAUACAGCAACUACCCUGUAUACCACAGCGUCUAUGAAACAUUUGAGUUGGUGGAAAGAUUCUAUGACCCGACCUUUAAACAGCUCUUAGCAGUGGCUCAAGUCCGUGGGGGGCUGAUUUUCGAACUGGCUGACUCUGCAUUGCUCCCAUUUGACUUCAACGAGUAUGCAGAAGCAUUGAGGACCUACGCAGACAGCAUAUUCAGCCUGGCUAAUAAACACAAACCAAGUCUUCACACAUUUGAAGUCUCGUUCGAUUCACUUUUCUCAGCCGUGAAAAAUUUCACAGAAGCUGCGCAAGAUUUCCAUGUUCGUAAGAAGCACUUGGACAUGAGCAACCCCAUGGCACUGAGAAUGGUGAAUGAUCAGAUGAUGUAUUUGGAAAGAGCAUUCAUUGAUCCUCUUGGAUUACCAGGAAGGCCAUUUUAUAGGCACAUUAUUUUUGCUCCAAGCAGCCACAAUAAAUACGCUGGGGAGUCUUUUCCAGGAAUUUACGAUGCCAUGUUUGAUAUAGAAAAUGCAAAAGACCAAUCAAAAGCCUGGGAGGAAGUUAAAAGACAAAUCUCCAUCGCAGCUUUCACAGUGCAUGCUGCAGGCAUGACUCUCACAGAAGUGGUGUGAAAAGGAGGAAAGAACGCUAAAACUACAGUGUGCACUAACUGACAUUGUUUAUGAACAGAAAUUGAUAAUCCAGUAAUUGUCUAUGCAUAUACUGUAUAUUAGAACUGUUGUUCUUUCUUUUAAAAUUAGUUUCAAAAUGUCUUCCCACACUCCAGCACUAAUUUCUUUAUUUUUCUUUUUUUUUUUUUUUUAAUACAUUCAAUUAAAUGAAGGUGCAUUAUCAAUGAUCUGGAGUUUACACUGAAUAAGCUAUUUAUUUAUGUAUACAUAUUUUCACUUCUAGGGCAUGCAUUUUGGAACCAAACUUUUUAUUUUAGCCUGAAGGUUCUAAAAUUAAAACUUGCCAUUUUGAAUGUAGUAAUACAUUCUGAAUGCUACCUGUUGAUCAUUAAGUCUUUUAAACUCACACGAUGGCAAUCUAUAAAUGAAGACAAAGUUGAGCAUCAGGGAGCAAAGUUGGUGAUAUUUUGGUUUGUUUCAUUAAAUCAAAUGGAGGCUUUGUCACAAAUGUAUUGCUCUUGAAACACUUUUUAAUUUGUUGGAUUAUUUUAUAUAAAACUUAACUUUUACUGUAAAACUUAUUAUUUAGCAUAAGUCUUGAACUGACUGUUAAACUGUGCGGUUUUUUUAAUGUGGUUGUUAAUGGCUUUGUGUCAAUAAAGAUUGAUCAAGUGUAAAA